AUGUCCGGAACGUCAGAGAACCGCGUCAGGGUGGAGUGGGCAGGCCUGGGUGAGAAACUGGGGGGUGGCAAGCCGGUGCGCAGGACGGCUUCUGGGUCACCGGGAUUUGGAAGCGACAGUUCGUUCCCUCCCUCGCCAGCCCCGAUCGCCUGGUCCCCCUCCCUUCACCCUCGCUGCGCCUGGUGGCCCGCGCGGCUAUCAGCCAGCGUGAUCUGUGACUUGUCUGUCUGCGCUGUCAACGCCAGUGACAGCCCCCCGCCCCCCCGGCAGAGCCUGGGGAAGGCAGCGGACUGGCGGGCAUCCACCCGGACUGGCCUUAUUGUCGCCUGCUACCACGGCUUUGUGGAUGCUGUGGUGGCUUUAGCAGAGUGCCCCCACGUUGACGUCAACUGGCAGGACAGCGAGGGGAACACAGCCCUAAUCACAGCCGCACAGGCAGGGCACGCCACCAUCACCAACUACUUGCUGAACUAUUUCCCUGGUCUUGACCUUGAAAGGAGGAAUGCGUUCGGGUUCACGGCCCUGAUGAAAGCUGCCAUGCAGGGACGAACAGAGUGCAUCCGAGCCCUGAUGCUAGCAGGGGCAGAUAUGCAGGCGAGGGACCCGCGCCGCGGGAUGUCGCCCCCGGAGUGGGCCGCGUACACGGGCCGCGGGGAGGCCGUGCGGCUCAUGCAGAGGCUGCUCGAGCGCCCCUGCCCGGAGCAGUUCGGCGAGAAGUACAAGCCGGAGCUGCCGCUGGAGCCCGAGACUGCUCUGAAGCCCCCGGGCUCCAAAAGCUGCUUGCAGAGGCUCGCCGAGUGUGUGCGGUCCCUGCUGCCCUCCCGCCCGGGCCGGGGCCUGGAGGACGGGGGCGUCCUCGACCACAUGGUCAGGAUGACCACGAGCCUCUACAGCCCCGCCGUGGCCAUCGGCUGCCAGACCGUGUGCCCCGAGAACCCCCCGUGCGUGGGGAAAAGGCGCCUGGCGGUGCAGGAGAUCCUGGCGGCGCGGGGGAGCCAGGACCCCCGUGCCCGGGAGGGGGACAAGGCGGAGGACACGGAGCAGGACGUCCGGACCUCCCAGGCCUCGGGGGCCUCCGGGGAGGGGACCCCGAGAGCCAGCCUCCCGCCUGCCCCCCCGCUGGGGGCCCGGCGACCCUCGCCCUCGUCGCGGAAGGCCAGCCUCCUGCCCCUGCAGCUGCUGAGGCGCAGCAGCGUGCGCCCGGGCGUCGUCGUCCCCAAGGUGCGCAUCAGCAAGGCGCCCGCGCCCACCUUCCAGCCCGAGCGCGCGUCCCGGAAGGGCAGCACCAAGGACAGCGGCCACCUGCAGAUCCCCAAGUGGCGGUACAAGGAGGUCAAGGAGGAAAAGAGGCGGGCGGAGGAGGCGGAGAGGAAGCGCCUGGAAGAGGCGCACAAGGCCAGGCGGGCGUCGCCCUGGCGGAAAAGGACGUGA